UGUAGGGGGAGCAAGUGAUGAGGAAGUUGACAGAGAGACGUAAGUUUGAUAUGUUACAGAGAGCUGCUUUUAAUUAUUCAGGUGACGCAUGAAAGUGAACAGCAGGAUUACAGCAGGAUCUGUUUUGUCAUAUGAGGAAGUAAACUACAUUAAGAGAGUAAAAACACAGUCAUUGCUGUGGACUGACUGAUGAGACAGAGGUGGAUUUGAGAAAAAAUAAUUGCUGUGAUGAUUCAUAACUCACUCUGUGGACCAACAUCUGUUGUUUUUUUUUUUUUUUUCUCUGAAGAACAUGAAACAAAAUAAAAAUAAAGACAGUCAAGUGUCAGAUUCAGAGGGGGAAUCAGAUUUACCUGGUAGAAUGAAUCUCCUGAACCCAGCUGUGUGUUCAUGAAGAGUGACGUGUCAAUGUUCUGGUCAACCAAUUGGAUUCAGUUUGGGAGACACAGCUUCUGCUGAUCUGAGCUACAGUCAAAAACAUAAAGGAUCAGAAUCACAUACAUCAAAGAAGAACUUAGACUCCAUUUUCAAGAUAAUUUCUAGGCCACUUUAAAGCAGUGUGAAGAUCACACUGAUCAUCCUGAGGAAGAUGAACCAGGCAGACCUCGCUAACACACUACAGACCAAAAUGAUGCCUGUGUAUCAACAAAAACUCAAAUCCAGACUACAGGACAAAUAUCAGAGAAUCAGUGAAGGAAUGUCCAAUCAUGGAGACUCAACAUGUCUGAAUGAGAUCUACACAGAGCUCUACAUCACAGAGGGAGGGAGUGGAGAGAUCAAUAAUGAACAUGAAGUGAGACAGAUUGAGACAGUGUCCAGGAGACCAGAGACACAGGAAACACCAAUCAACUGCAAUGACAUAUUUAAACCCUCACCUGGACAAGACAAACCCAUCAGGACUGUGCUGACUAAAGGAGUCGCUGGAAUUGGAAAAACAGUCUCUGUGCAGAAGUUUAUCCUGGACUGGGCUGAAGGAAAAGCCAAUCAGGAUGUUCAUUUCAUAUUUCCACUUCCUUUCAGGGAGCUGAAUUUGAUACAGAAAAAUCUUAGUCUUGUGGAUCUUCUAAAUCACCUUCACACUGAAACCACACUGAAAGAAUUUAAGUCAGCAGAUUAUGAUGAUUACAAAGUCAUGUUCAUAUUUGAUGGUCUGGAUGAGUGUCGACUACGUCUAGAUUUCCAAAACAAUCGGAGCUUGUCUGAUGUAAAAGAAUCAGCCUCAGUGGAUGUGCUGCUGACCAACCUCAUCAAGGGGAAUCUACUUCCUUCUGCUCUCCUCUGGAUCACCUCUCGACCAGCAGCAGCCAAUCAGAUCCCUCCUGAGUGUGUCGACCAGGUUACAGAGGUACAAGGAUUCAACAACCCUCAGAUUUAUGAAUAUUUCAGAAAGAGAAUAAAUGAUCAGAGUCUGGCUGAUAAAGUCUUCACACACAUCCGAUCAUCAAGAAGUCUGUUCAUCAUGUGUCACAUACCAGUCUUCUGCUGGAUUUCAGCCACUGUUCUAGAGAGGAUGAUGGGUAAAGCAGAGACUGCAGAGAUUCCCAAGACUCUCACACAAAUGUGCACACACUUCCUGAUCUUUCAGACCAAAUUGAAGACACAGAAGUAUGAUGGAAAAUAUGAAAUCGAUCCUGAUCAGGCUAGAAAGACUAUUCUGUCUCUAGGAAAACUGGCUUUUGAACAGCUGGAAAAAGGGAACCUGAUCUUCUAUGAGCAGGACCUGAAGGAGAGUGGCAUUGAUGUUGGAGAAAUGUCAGUGUACUCAGGAGUUUGUACCCAGAUCUUCAGACAGGAGUUUGGACUGCAGCAGGGGAAGGUGUACAGCUUUGUUCAUCUGAGUAUUCAGGAGUUUCUGGCUGCUUUAUUCAAGCUGCUGUCCAUUUCUGAACAAAACACAGGACAGCUGAAUGAGUUCAGGUCACCAGUGACCAGUUUACUGAAGGGAGAAGUGGACAAGGCCUUACAGAGUGAGAACGGACAAUGGGACCUUUACCUCCAGUUCCUUCUCGGUCUCUCACUAGAGUCUAAUCAGACUCUCUUACAAGGCCUCUUGAGAAAGACAGUAAGCAGCUCUGAUAUCAAUCAGGAAACAGCUGAAUACAUUAAACAGAAGAUCAUGGAGAAUCCCUCUCCAGAGAAAUCCAUCAACCUGUUCCACUGUCUGAAUGAACUGAAUGAUCGUUCACUAGAGCAGGAAGUCCAAACAUACCUAAGCAGAACAAGUUACUGUAGUCUUUCUGGAGUUGAACUUUCUGCUGCUCAGUGGUCGGCUCUAGUGUUUGUGCUGUUGAACUCAGAAGAAGAGCUGGAUGACUUUAUACUGUUGAAGUAUGAUGCAUCAGAAGAAUGUCUCCUGAGGCUUCUGCCAGUAAUCAAAGCAUCUAGAAAGGCUGAGUGA